AUGGAUCCCACGUUAAUCCUGCUAUUAGCUACAAUCGGAUACCAAAUCACGAUCACGUUGGAAGAGAAAAACUCUUAUAUCAAGUCAGUCGUGUACAUGACUUCGGUUCUAUUUCCGGACUGGGCAGAAGCUUCCAAAAGGAAACUGAUCAGGGAGAAACUGAUCACGAAGAAAAUUAAAAAAAGGCCAUCAUCAUCGAAAAGGGAAAUCAGGGUGAGGAAACACGUUCCUCUAGGCGAAUCCUUUAAACCGUGGCAUAGUAAUUUCCUUUACUGCCCGCAUUACCAUUAUCCCUGGCUAGCUUUCAGCCAGCGAUUAUGCUCUCGCAACCGCGUUUCUUUUUCCGCAGCCGUGUCGAUCGUCCACGUUGCCGUAUUCCUGGUGACCAGAAACGGACCUCGGAUGGAGAAUUCAGUGACCGAAACGACGCCAUUUUUGGCCGGCUGGAGGGACACGGUCUCAGGGACCGUUUACCGCAACGCGUGCACGCAGACCGGGGAGAAUGGGGGUAAAACCGAGAAGAAAGCGCAGACAGACUUCAGAAUGGAGAAAUUCACGUACAUGGAACGCGAGGUUGGGGUACAGGCGAACUUCUUCCCCGACCUUCGCGACAAAAUCGUGGAUAGCACUCGAAAGGAGCCGAGUUUUAAGGAUACUCCGGACGAGAAGAUCCUGAAGAGCGGCGUAAAGAUACAGAGGUUUUACAGAGCUCACCGCGACCGGCAAACCACGAUCCCGUCUACCGGCGUUUCAGCUCGCGCUAAGAACACGGACCUGCAGCAAAUACACCGGGAACAGGGCUCCUAUCGUAGCCGGGAUUUCGUGAUACUAAACCGCACGUCGCCGAGUACCAGAGCGGACUUCGAGUUGCUGUACAAUCUGUUGGAUCGUUGGCGGCUUCACGAGACGAGGAGGGCCAACGAGCAGCUGUUCGAGCCGUCGAGGAUUGCGUUGUGCAGUCUAAUUCUGUCGAAGGAGGUGGAGCUGUUGCGAGGUAUAGACGCGAUGAAAACGAGGGUGAGAUUGGAGAAGAAGGAAAAAUCGUACAGAAAGUUCCUGGACGAUCUUUGCAAACCGGUCGUAUGGAGGAACAGUCGCGGGGAACCGAUCUCCGUGGAGACGGAGCUAGUGCAGCUGGCUAGGUGUCUCAGGGACACGUUCGAGGAGUUGUCAAAGGAGGAUAAGAGCGUGAAGGAACGGGUAGAAAUGUUGUCGAAACUGAGGAAGGAUGUGGAAACGUGUAGGGAAUCGGACGAGCUGAUACGUCUGCUGGAUCAGGAGAUCGAUCUGCUGACCCGUAACGUGAAGGAAAGUAAGUUGAAUUGGUUAAGGAGCAGACUGAGGAUGGCUUUUUUGAGACUGGCUAGAGAGUGCCUGAGAAACGAGCGCGAGGAUUCGAGGCUGAUCGGUUGGUUCCGGUCCAGUUGUAAAACCAUCUGCAGAAGCUGCGGCAGACUAUUGCCCGUGGAGAAGUUUCCGCGCGAGGAACGGCGUCGUUCCUCGUCCUGCAAUUACUGUCUGUACGUGAGAGUUCGGAACGGGCCUCGAGUCAUCUACGAGCCGUAUCAGAGAUUGCUUCGCGACGUCAGGCGUAACGAGGCUAGAAUGCAUUGUUACACCAGCCUGGCCUUCGUUAUCGAUGCGAAGAUCGUUUACCAUUUGGUGAACGACAUUUGGCACGGGAAAUCGCCGAUUUCCGAGAACGAUUGUCUACGAGAUCUGAGAUUGGUGAGGUUCCGAAAGGACGAGGAGUGGUCACCGUGGAACUGCCUUUUGCUAACCGAGAGGGAAGCCGCGAUGCAUCGAAAGGUUGCCAACCCGGAGAAGUUUUACGGAACGAUGAUACUGCAGAAGUUCCACACGAAGAAUCUUCAGGCCAAACUUCGAUUCGUGUCCGUUGCUGAAUUCAAGAACUUUCGCGGGGGCAAACAGAGUUAUUAA